ACUAUAAAAAAUAUAAUUGCUUAGAAGGUUUUAGAUCAAAUAAACGGGUCAGUUUUGGAGCUCUUAUCUAGUGGACAAGCAACUAAUGGGAACAUGUAUUGUACAACUAUCCCAAUCCCCCAAAAUGCAUAUUUGUUCUGAGAAAGACUAACUCCAUCCACUUGGGCCGACAGUGAGUCGUUUUGUAUGCACACCCUGCUAUAAAACACCACAGAAAAAGAAGUGUAAACAGAACGAUAUGGCCGACGAACGGGGUGGCGGCGACAAUAUCAACAUGGGCAACCAGCUACAACUCUUACCCGAAGAGGAAGAGGAGGAUGAGAUGGAGACUGAGGACCGCGAUAGUGAGGAUGCAGAAAAACCAAGCAUAAACUUUGACCCCAGUCUUCCAACUUCACAUGCUUACUUGGGUUUAGACAUGGAAGAGUUCCAUGGGCGUACGGUGCACGAUGACGACAGCUACCAGACAAUCCCAGUGCUGCCAUUCACAGCCGUCAUGCUUAUACCUGGACAGACCCUGCCGCUGCAGCUCUUCAGACCGCAGGAGGUCAGCAUGAUGCGUAACAUCAUCCAGAGAGACCGCACCUUUGCUGUGCUUGCACACAGUGACACAGGCGAGGUGCAGGCAGAGUUUGGGACGACGGCUGAAAUCUAUGCUUACCGGGAAGAGCAAGAGUACGGCAUCGAGACGGUCAAAGUGAAGGCAGUCGGACGGCAGCGGUUCAAGGUCCAUGAGAUCAGAACCCAGGCAGACGGGAUCAGACAGGCCAAGGUGCAGAUCCUCCCAGAGCGGAUCCUCCCGGACCCCCUGACUGCAGUGCAGCUCACGCCACUGUCCCGCCUCCACAUGCACCCCUCCUCCAGACCCCCCGCCCAGAGCUGCAGACAGACCCAGCGCUGGUGGGCCACCUACCGCCAGAGGAAGUUCCACUGUGCCAACAUGACAUCAUGGCCUCCCUGGGUCUACGCCCUCUAUGACUCUGAGACUCUGAUGAACAGAGUGAAGAGACAGCUCCAUGAGUGGGACGAGAACCUCAAGGAUGAUUCCCUCCCCACAAACGCUAUAGAUUUCUCCUACAGAGUGGCAGCCUGUUUGCCCAUAGACGAUGCCCUCCGGCUCCAGCUGCUGAAGAUAGGCAGUGCCAUCCAGAGGCUGCGCUGUGAGCUGGACAUCAUGGACCGGUGCACCUCGCUGUGUUGCAAGCAGUGCCAAGAUACGGAGAUCACCACCAAGAACGAGAUCUUCAGCUUGUCUCUGUAUGGCCCCAUGGCAGCCUAUGUCAACCCCCACGGUUACGUCCAUGAGACCCUGACCGUCUACAAAGCCAGCAACCUCAACCUGGUCGGCAGGCCGUCUAUGCUCCACAGCUGGUUUCCAGGGUAUGCCUGGACGAUCGCUCAGUGUCAGACAUGUGGCUCCCACAUGGGCUGGAAGUUCACGGCCACCAAGAAGGAUUUGUCCCCGCCUCGUUUCUGGGGCCUGACCCGCUCAGCCAUGCUGCCCCGCAUUCCCCAGAUGGAGGGCCAGGAGGGGGACGAGGGCUCCCGCCUGCUCUGCCUGUGACAACAUGAGGACCUCCCCUCCACCCACGUCCCCAACGGGCCUUCGAUCGACACACCCUGUCCACUGGCCGAGGGCCUCUCCUUAGUACUCGAUGUGUCCCACCCAACCCCCGAGAGCCAUGGCAGCAAAUCCCUCAUAGAAGGUCAUCCUGCCUUUAAAUGCUACUUUCUAACACACACAGAGAGAGGAGGAGGAGGAUGGAGAGGGGUUAUGUUCCUGAGUGCAGUGACACUGGAGAUGGAAUGCGUUGCAUAUCGAAAGAUCGAUGUGGAGAAUGGAGCAAGAGAUUUAUUCUUGACACACGGGCAAAUCUUCCACAUAGCAUGCUACUCUGGACCUGUCUGUACUGAUGUCUGUACUGCUGUCUCUAUCUAGCUCUUAUACUAUCUGUCACAGACACGGCACACACUAGUGCAUUGCCAUACUAUCCACCUGCUCUAAAACAUAGGUGUGACUUUGCAUGCAGUAUACAGCUAGGUGUGUACAGGGUUAUAGACGCCCAUCAAGAGGACCUUUGGUCCCCAUAAUCUCUAAACAAAACAAUCAAUAGAAAGCCACUUGGGAUUCAGGUCCACAGUUAGUUGUUGAUGUGUUUCUCAGAGAACCUAAUUUAGCUGGAUCGGUUCAUGGAGAGAUAGACCAUGUAAAAUCCAGAAUUAAAGGGUGUUUGUAUAUGUGAAAGGAUGUAUCAUGCCUUUGUUUCAUGUGCAAGAUGUUUUGAUCAGUCGGUCAAGUGUAAAACAGCCUAUAUUUUCACAUGAAAGGAAUGCAUAGAAUGGAGGAAUCUGAACAAGAAGAAUAGGGGAGCUGUUGCUUUAUUUUGCCUCAUAUUUUCACAUUGUCUAAAAACGUAUAUGUAAUAUACAUGUAGAGAUACUGGUUUCUAUUUUGUAACUGAUGGAUGCCCAUUGAACUGCAAGACACUGUGCCUGUGAAGACUAGAGUUGGCUUGGUGCUGGGUGUAAUAUAGACUUGAGGAAAGCAGGGCAGAAGGCAGUGGAGCCAGAGAUAUCAGAAUCUGUCAGUCGCCAUGGUUCUAUGUGUGAUGUGGAUGGCUGGAUGGAGUGCCUAUGGUCCAAAUCAAUGUCUUGUUUGUUUGUUAUAUCAGUGAGCCACACAAUUAAAUGGGACAUUGUAUUAAUGAAACUGUCUUUGUUGAAAAUUGCAAUAUCAUAUCGCGAGUUACCUGAAUAGCAAUAUUUUUGUUUUAGAUCCAUGUAUUUGUUUUAAGUUAAGAAUUGUAUUCCUUGCCAAUGUACAAGGUUAUUUUGACUCAUGUUUGUAAAAAAUGGUAUCGUAAGUAACCAAUAAGAGUCAAUUAUUGCAUUUCUGGUCUGAUAUAACUGAUGUAGAACCUCAACACUCUUGCCCCUCCCAUAGCCAUGUAUUUCCAUUUUAUAACAAUGUAAAACAGGAUUGAUUUGUUCAGCUCAAUUAUCACCAAUUGAGCAAAGUAAUUUUACGCAAUAAGAAAUGUUCUACAAUACGAUUAAGAUUGUCUUUUUUCAUGAUUGUUAUAAUUUUUUUGUGUGGUAUCCCAGUUGGUAAAACUUAAGAUGAGACCAUUGAAGAAGAACUUUGGAGUGGAAAUAGAAAACAAGUAGAAAAGGAUGGCUUGGUACAUUUUUUAUAAACUGUGAUCUACUAUGUGAAACAGUACUACAGUCAGAUCACACCAUCAGCAUAUAAUCCAUGAUCUUUUCUCUGAACAGGAAUGGUAUGUGAUCUCUAUUAUUGCAUCAAAACUAAUCUUGGUUAACCUACAACUUAAAUAUAGCAUAAUUUGGUCAGAUGUUUACGUAGUCUGUACACAAAAGAUUACAUCAAUUUAAGCUUUGUAAUCCACUUGCUGCAAGAAGUGGUGUUGGAGGACCGGUAGGGGUCUCUCUUUAGGGCUGUCCAAUUCCGGUCCUGGAGGGCCGAACAUUUCAGGAUUUUAUCCUCUCCUCCUAAUCAGGGACUAAUUCAAACCUGGGACACCGGGUGAGUGCAAUUAACUACCAGGUAGAAACAAAAAACAGAAGUGUUUCGGCCCUCCAGGACCAGAAUUGGGCAGCCCUGUGUGUAGUCUGACACACUAAUGCCCCUGAAUGUUUUCAGUGUUCUACUGUAGCUCAAAUGAACAUAAGGAGCUGAAAUCCACAGCUUACUUGUUUGUACUUUGGCAUGUGUGGAGGUGCACCUGUUCCUGCAGUUCAUCUCAGCAGAAUCAGCAGGGCUUUUAGAAGCCAGUAGACACUUCUCACUUCACUGUUCCAACCAAAAAAAGAACACCAGGCACACUCCUCAGACAGAAAAAAAAAAACUGCUAUAGAGAUGCAGCAUGUAUGAAAAACCGAUUUAGACAGAA